AUGAAGAUUUGCCGUGCCGCACCAGAAGUGAAGUACACCUGCCAAAACCUCACUGCUGAUGAUCUCUUCACCAUUGUACUUGCAAACCUUCAUACCCAAAUAUUAAUGACCUUCCGUGUGGGAUUUGAUGACAAGAUGGUUGUCGAAUGCAAGCUCAAUCCUUUCGCAUGCCAGUCCGAACCUAAUUCGAACAGAUCUGACGAGCAUUCUCCUGGCGAUCUCUUACAUAUCCCAUUCAAGGGAGUUUAA